AUGCUGCACCUGAGCAAGGGAGAUUUUGUAUGGGUGGACACGGGCACCGGGGUGCCGAUUGGGGCGGAGGUUAAGGUCACAGACACCGGGCAGAUUCAGCUGCUCGAUGACGAAGGAAAGGAACACAAGCUCAAGAAGUUAAAUGAGAAAAGCAUCCGGCCCAUGCAUCCGACCUCUGUGAACGGCGUAGACGAUAUGAUCAGGCUGGGUGACCUGAACGAGGCCGGACUGCUCAGGAACCUCCUGGUACGACACAAGGAAGGAAUCAUCUAUACAUACACGGGCUCCAUUCUGGUCGCAGUGAACCCUUACCAGCUGCUGCCCAUCUACACUAUUGAGCAUGUGCACAUGUACACAGACCGGCGGCUGGGUGAAAUGCCGCCUCAUGUCUUCUCCAUCGCAGACAGCUGCUUUUUCAACAUGCGCCGCAACCGAAAGAACCAGUGCUGUGUCAUCAGCGGAGAGUCGGGAGCUGGGAAAACCGAGAGCACCAAGCUGAUGCUGCAGUUUCUGGCUGCAGUGAGCGGUCAGCGCUCCUGGAUUGAGCAGCAGGUCCUAGAAGCAAAUCCCAUCUUAGAGGCCUUCGGUAACGCCAAAACCAUUCGAAAUGACAACUCCAGUCGAUUUGGGAAGUACAUCGACAUCAGCUUCACCAAGGGCGGGGCUAUUGAAGGUGCCCGCAUUGAGCAGUACCUGCUGGAGAAGUCCAGGGUGUGUCGUCAGGCACCAGACGAAAGAAACUACCACAUCUUUUACUACAUGCUGAUGGGCAUGUCGGCAGAAAAGAAGAAGAUUCUUUCCCUUGGAAACGCCGCUGAGUACAAGUAUCUGACCAUGGGUAACUGCACCAGCUGUGAGGGCCGUGACGACGUGAAGGAGUACGCUCACUUCCAGUCAGCUCUGAAGAUUCUCACAUUCACAGAAAAUGACUUGUGGGAAAUUUCCAAACUGCUCGCAGCCAUUCUUCACCUGGGCAAUGUGGACUUUGAGGCCACCAUCGUAGAUAAUCUGGAAGCCUGCAACGUCCACACGUCGACCAAUUUCAAAAUGGCGAGCGAGCUCUUGGAGGUGGAUCCCAAAGCACUGGGGAAAGGUUUGACUCAGCGCUCCUUCCAGACUGCCAGGGAACACGUGACCAAAUGUCUGACCUCUGCUCAAGCCAUGGACGGCAGGGACGCAUUUGUCAAAGGUAUAUACGGAAGACUUUUCAUUUGGAUUGUGGAGAAAAUCAACAGUGCCAUUUACAAGCCGCCUGAUGAGGAGAACGAGGCCAAACAAUCCAUCGGCCUUCUGGACAUCUUUGGUUUUGAGAACUUUAGUAAAAACAGCUUUGAGCAGCUGUGCAUCAACUUUGCCAAUGAGCAGCUGCAGCAGUUCUUCGUCAAGCACGUCUUCAAGCUUGAGCAGGAAGAGUACGCCCGUGAAAACAUUGUUUGGAAGCACAUUGACUACCAAGAUAACCAGCGAACCCUGGACGUACUGGCCAGCAAAUCCAUGAACUUGCUGUCGCUUAUUGACGAGGAAAGCAAUUUCCCCAAGGCCACAGAUGCCACCCUGCUCCAAAAGAUGAACCAGUAUCACGAGAAAGGUGGCGUCUAUCUUCCCCCAAAGAACAACUACGAAACACAGUUUGGAAUCGAGCAUUUUGCUGGAAAGGUCUUCUAUGACUCACAAGGUUUUCUUGAAAAAAACCGUGACACCCUGAGCUCAGACCUCAUUAAGAUGUUGGAAAAGUCCACCAACAAGCUCCUGAAACAGGUGUUUCGUAAUGACCUCAAAUCCACCUCCGAUGGCAAGAAGCGUGUGCCAACACUGAGCGGUCAGUUCCGCCAGUCCCUGGAUUCCCUGAUGAAAACGUUGACUGCAUGCCAGCCGUAUUUCAUCCGCUGCAUCAAACCCAAUGACUUCAAGAAGCCCAUGCUGUUUGACAGAGAGCUGUGCAUGCGGCAGCUCCGUUACUCCGGUAUGAUGGAGACCAUCAGGAUCCGGAAAGCUGGGUAUCCUGUACGCUACACAUUUGAUGAGUUUCUAACUCGAUAUCGUGUCCUCCUGAGGACUUCCAUCUGUGAUCCAAAUACCGUGAGUUGUUUUUGACAAAAUCUCGAAGAGAAAUGCUGUGAAAGUAUUUGUGAAAACCUGCUUACUGGAGAAGGUGACUGGAAGACUGGAAAGACAAAGAUAUUCCUAAAGGACCAUCAUGACACAAUGCUUGAAGUAGAGCGAAUAAAACAACUAAAUGUGAAAGCCCUUUUGAUCCAGAAAGUCCUGAGAGGCUACAGAUACAGGAAAGAAUUCCUGAGGAAAAGGUCAGCCGCGAUCGUGAUUCAGAAAUACUGGCGAGGACACAAAGGCAGGAAGCUGUACAAAGUGGUGCAGCUGGGCUUUGCAAGGCUGCAGGCACAGGUUCGCUCUCGCCAGCUCCACUUCCAAUAUAAAAAGAGAAGGCAGGCGACCCUCGUGCUACAGACCCAUGUUCGAGGACACCUGGCCAGGAAGGAAUGGAAGCGCAAGAGGAAGGCUGUAAUCCUGCUACAGGCACACACCAGGGGCAUACUGGCGAAAAAAGCUCUCGAAAAGAUGAAGAGAGACAUGUACCUCUCUGCUAAAGAGAAAGAAGAGGAACAGCGGCUCAUUCUGGAGAAACAGAGGCGCUUGGAGGAGGUGUUGAGACAGAAGAGAGAGAUGGAGGCCAAGCGGCAGUCAGACCAGGAGAUGGUGGAUGACAUGUUUGACUUCCUUACUUUAAUGCCCAACACUGUAGGAGGCCAGGAGGGGCAGGCACCCAUGGGAUAUGAGAAUUUUGGUGGGAAACGGAUAAUUGAAGAGAUAGACAUUGACGAAAUCCAGAUGGAGGAGGAUCUUCCCAACGAGGACUAUGAUGACCUGGAUGAGUACUCCUUCGCCAAGUUUGCCUCCAUGUACUUCCAGGGUGCAGCCACCCACACCCAUAUCCGACAGAGGCUUCAUCAGCCCCUGCUCUACCAUGAGGAUGAAGAUGAUGUUCUGGCUUCGCUCACAGUGUGGUGGAUCAUCCUGAGGUUUAUGGGAGACCUCCCUGAGCCAAAGAAACGGGCCCAGGUUAGGGUACCCUCCUCACAGGAUCGCUUUGUGCCACAGGAGCUGAUGUCCAGAAAGGACAGACGUCUCAGCAACAUGGUGGGCCUGGAUCAGAGGGUGCUGAGAAAUAGAAAAGAAACAGAAGCUUCUACAGUCCCUGAGCCACCAGGACAAAACAAAAGGGGCUCCAUCUUUAUAGACAUCCUGACAAGAACCAGGAAGGCUUCUGCUGUGCCCAACCAGACCCCUCAAAACCAGAAGGUGUACACUGUACCGGAUGCAAGCGCUCGAGGACGAAAGGGCUCCACAUUCACUGACCUACUGUCCAAAAACAGAAAAGUAUCAAAUGUUCAAGAAAAUGGAAUCCCCAAAUCUGGUUUAAACUUCAGAAAAACCUCGAUCAUCAUGGAGGAGUCAGAUGAUCAGACGGAAGUUUCCAAGCCUGCCACUCUGCAGACUGUGAAGGAGGAUCCCGAAGUCUUGACUGGAGAGUCGGACACACUGGACAGACCCCUGACUUCUCUGGAAAAGCUCCACUACAUCGUUGGAUACGCCAUCGUCAGGCCUGACCUCAGAGAUGAGAUUUACUGUCAGAUCUGCAAACAGCUUCAUGACAACAACAAUCGUACGGGCUUCUUCCGUGGCUGGAUCCUGCUGUCGCUUUGUUUGGGCGUUUUUCCUCCCAGUGAGCGAUUUAUAAAGUACCUCCAAAGUUUCAUCCGCUUGGCUCCGAGCGGCUACUCGUCCUACUGCGCUGACAGGCUGCGGCGCACCGUGAUGAACGGCACACGAGAGGAGCCUCCCUCCUAUCUGGAGCUGCAGGCCACCAAGACAAAAAAGCCCAUAGUUGUGACUGUGAUGCUUAUGGACAACCGCUCCAUUAACCUCCCCGUCGACUCAGCAUCUACGUCUAAAGAGAUCUGCCAGCUUAUCUCCAACAAAAUCAACCUCAAAGACAGCUUCGGCUUUUCCAUCUACGUCGCCUUGUAUGCAAAGGUGUGGGCUCUGGGCAGCGGCCGGGAGCACGUGAUGGACGCCAUCUCCCGGUGUGAGCAGGACACAAAGAGGAGGGGAGGCCAGGAGCAGCACGCCCCCUGGCGUCUCAUCUUCCGUAAAGAGAUCUUCACCCCCUGGCAUAACUGCAGUGACGACAAGCUCAGCACAGACCUCAUCUACAAGCAGAUCAUCCAUGGCUUGAAGUCUGGAGAGUACCAGUGUCAAAAGGAGGACGACUAUGUCGACCUCGCUGCAAAACAUUUGUACAUCCAACACGGAUCGGACAGCCGCCCAGAAAACGUGAAGGAUGUUGUGCAGGACUGCAUCAGUAACUCUCUGCUGGAGACCAAGACAGAGAGUAACUGGGUGCAGAUGGUCAGCACUGCCUAUGCUCAGGGCUCGUAUGUGAGUUCCAAACAAAAGACGGAUUCGCUGAAGGCGGAGAUAGUCGAUUACGCUCGACAGAAGUGGCCCAUCUUCUUCUCCAGGUUCUUUGAGGUUGCCAAACUUUCAGGCCCUCCACUGCCGAAGAGCAAGUUUAUCGUGGCCAUAAACUGGACAGGAAUCACAUUCCUGGAUGAGCGAGAGAAGAGGCUGGCAGAACUCUCCUUCCCAGAAGUAAUGGCUGUCAACGCUGUUAGGAAUGUUAAAAAAUCUGGCCAGGCCGUGUCUCUGAUGACGCUGAAAGGAGACUUCACCCUGAGCGGCCCCUCAGCGGCGGACAUGGCCGAGCUGAUUACCAUGUUUGUCAGUGGGCUGACGGAGCGUUCGCAGUACGCCGUGGCCCUGAAAGAAGUCGAGAAGCAAGAAGACGCCACGUUCCUCAGCUUCAAGAAAGGAGAGCUCAUCAUGCUCAUUAAAGACAAUGAUUUCUCUCAGGACCACGGCUGGGUUAAGGGCCAAAACGAUCGCACGAAACAAACCGGGGCCGUCCCCAUCGAUGCCAUCACAAUCCUGCCAACGCUCAGCAAACCCACCAACGAGGUCAUGAACCUCAUCAACCUCUCACCAAACCAGAGGAAGGACAUCAUACAGGCCACCAUGAAAGAAACAGGCACAGUGGGGAGAAUUGCUCCUUACUCACUGAAAGAUUUCUCUGUCGAGUAUUUCAGGCAGCCCAUUAAGGAUGUGAACCGUCAGGUGAUCGCUAGGAAUGCUGCACCCGAAAGGUUGUGGGUCCACUCCAGAGAGCCAAUAAGACAGCCACUACUCAAGAAGCUUGGAGGCCACCCAGAGUUCACCCACAAAGCCUGUCUAGCUUUCACUGCAAUCCUGAAGUACAUGGGUGAUUACCCCACCAAGCAGCAGCAGAAUCCCCUCGAACUCACUGACCAAAUCUUCAGCCCCGCCACUAAACACGAUGCUCUGAGGGAUGAGAUUUACUGCCAGAUCAUGAAGCAGAUGACCAACAAUAACAACCGGUUAAGCAUGGAGCAUGGCUGGCAGCUGAUGUGGCUAAGCUGCGGCCUGUUUCCUCCCAGUCAGCCUCUUCUGAAACAUGCUCAACGAUUUCUGGAGUCGCGACGCAGAGAGCCACUUGCCUCUGACUGUUUGCAGCGCAUGCAGAGCUCUCUGAGGAUGGAGCCCAGGAAGCUCCCACCUCACCAUGUGGAGUUAGAUGCCAUCCAACAAAACAGCACCCAGAUCCGCCACAAAAUCCACUUCCCUAAUGACACAGAUGAGAUAUUUGAAGUGGCCACCAACACCAGGAUCAAGGAUCUGAUUCUGAACAUUUCCAGGAAGCUCGAACUGUCUUCAGCAGAUGGCUUCAGCAUUUUUGUCAAAACAAAUGACAAGUUUCUCAGUUUGAAUGAGACAGACUACUUCUUUGACAGUCUGAGGCAAAUCACUGACUGGUCCAAGAGUGUGAAAAGGAUUGAUGGUGGGCUGGUCAACUAUACUGUGUUCUUCAUGAGGAAGUUGUGGUUUAACGUGAUCCCUGGCAGAGACACAAAAGCAGAUCUUAUCUUCCAUUUCCCUCAGGAGUUACCCAAAUACCUAAGAGGCUAUCAUGUGUGCACCAAAGAGGAAAUGCUCAAAAUUGCGGCUCUGCUCUUCUGCAUAAAGGUCAACAAUGAUAAGAACCAGUUAGUCAUGAUUCCCAAGUUGCUGAAGGAGCUGGUGCCCACUGACCAGCUGAAGGCUAUGUCUGAAAAUGAGUGGAAGAAGAACAUUACCGCCUCAUUUAACAAACAAACUGGAAUGACAGCUGAUGAAGCUAAGGUGGCGUUCCUGAAGGCGGUUCACCGUUGGCCGACAUUUGGCUGUGCUUUCUUUGAUGUGAAGCAAACAUCAGAGCAAAAAUUUCCAGAUAUUGUGCGAAUUGCCAUCAGCAAGCAAGGACUAACAAUCAUUCAUCCAAAAACCAAGGAAACUCUGGCAACUCAUCCAUUCAACCGCAUUGCUAACUGGUCCAGUGGAAGCACCUACUUUCACAUGACUAUUGGUAAUUUAGUCAACGGCAGCAAGUUCCUGUGUGAAACGUCACUGGGCUACAAGAUGGACGAUCUUAUAAGCUCCUACGUUAACAUGUACCUCAGCGACAGGAAGACUGUGCAAACCAGGAACCGCCGCUUUGACAUCUAA